AUGGCGAGCAUGAGAAACUGGCUCCACGGUGGCCAGUUGAAGAAAGGUGGGGUAGGGGGUGUGGUUGUCGGAGGGGUCAGCGGGGUGAGCGCCGCAAACAGCACCGGCACAGCCACCCAGGAGGAUGGCGGACGCGAGGGUAGCGGAGGAAAAGGGGGCGAGGGAGACGGGGAGGAAGAGGCGGCGAAACAGAGCGAGGCCGCGAGCAAGAGAGUGGUGGUUGUGCACUGCAAGGCCGGCAAGGGACGCAGCGGGACGGUGUCCUGCAGCUACCUGAUCGCCGAGUGCGGAUGGAAGCCCGCCGACGCGCUAGCGCGGUUCACCGAGCGGAGAAUGAGGCCCGGGGGUGUCGAUCCCGAGCCAGAGGCGGUGGGUGGGCUACGUCGACCGGUGGGCGCGCUACGGCAAAAAUACGUGGACCGGGAAGUCGAGGUGGUGGAGAUCCACGUCUGGGGCAUGCGGGACGGCGUGCGCAUCGACGUCGAGGGCUUCGCGGACGAGGGCAAGAAGAUGAAGACCUUUCACAUUGACGUCGACAGGCCGGCGGCGGCGUCGCGGUCCAGGGACAGCAGCGUCGAGAGGGCGUCGGCCGGGUCCGAGGAGGGCGGCAGCGGCGGUGGCGACACGAGCGCCGCGGAAUCGGUCAGCAGCGUCAAGGCCAAGACGAAAAAGGCCAAGGCCAUCAUUCGCACCCUAUCGCAAAGGGCUACCGGGAACGGGGCCCGCGAGGGCCCGCGCGGUGACAAAGCAGGAACCGGCGCCGAUGGCAUCGAUCUCGCCGAGCUAGACCCCGCCGCCGCCGCGGCCCCGACCUCGCGCGCGUCAAACCUAUCCCCGCCGGGACGCAUCUCCACGACAGAGGCCGCGCACCGAGCCAACCCGCCCGCCGAAGCCAAGGGCGGCGCGGCAGUGAUCCUGAAGCCCGGAAAACCCGUGGUGGUGUCGACGAGCGACGUCAAGAUUAGCGCGCGGCGCAGCGCCAAGGCGCCCACGUCCAUGGGCCCCACGUUUGUCACGUCGGUGGCGCACGCGUGGUUCAAUGUCUUUUUCGAGGGCCAGGGCCCGGAGCUCCGCGGGCGGCCCGAGAGCAGCGGCGUGUUUGAGAUUGGGUGGGACGACAUGGACGGGCUCAAGGGCAUGGUGCGGAUGCCCCGGUCGUUUGAUCGCGUGGCCGUCGUCUGGCGGGCGGUGGGCGCGGAGGAGGAGGUGAGGCAGCCCGAGGUGGUGGAAGAGGUGCCUGAGGUGAGGGCGGCGGAUUGGAAGGGUCGGUCGGACGUCGAGCUGGAGAGGGUGGGUGCGGAGGGAGAGGGCGUCGCGGAGGAGGUGGAGGUGGAGGUGGAGGAUGUGCAGUGGCCCAGCGGGGAGGACAUGGGAGAAGACGUUGACGCCAAGGAUGGAGGGGACGUCAGCAAGGACAAAGGCGCAACGAAAGAGCCGGUGCGCUCGUGA